UGCCUCGCGCCCGCGGCCGGGCUGGGCCAGAGCAGCCCAAGAUGGCGGACUUUGAGGAUCGGGUGUCCGAUGAGGAGAAGGUACGCAUAGCUGCUAAAUUCAUCACUCAUGCACCCCCAGGGGAGUUUAAUGAAGUAUUCAAUGAUGUCCGGCUACUACUUAAUAAUGACAAUCUCCUCAGGGAAGGGGCAGCUCAUGCAUUUGCCCAGUAUAACAUGGAUCAGUUCACACCUGUGAAGAUAGAAGGAUAUGAAGAUCAGGUUUUAAUUACAGAGCAUGGUGAUCUGGGUAAUAGCAGAUUUUUAGAUCCAAGAAACAAAAUUUCCUUUAAGUUCGAUCACUUACGGAAAGAAGCAAGUGACCCCCAUCCAGAGGAAAUAGAUGGAAGUUUGAAGUCUUGGAGAGAAUCCUGUGACAGUGCUUUAAGAGCCUAUGUGAAAGAUCAUUAUUCCAACGGCUUCAGUACUGUAUAUGCUAAAACUAUAGAUGGGCAACAGACUAUUAUUGCAUGUAUUGAAAGCCACCAGUUCCAGCCUAAAAAUUUCUGGAAUGGUCGUUGGAGGUCCGAGUGGAAGUUCACCAUCACACCGCCUACAGCCCAGGUAGUUGGAGUGCUCAAGAUUCAGGUUCACUAUUAUGAAGAUGGCAAUGUUCAAUUGGUUAGUCAUAAAGAUGUGCAAGACUCAAUAAAUGUUUCGAAUGAAGUCCAAACUGCCAAGGAGUUUAUUAAAAUCAUAGAAAAUGCAGAAAAUGAGUAUCAGACUGCAAUUAGUGAAAACUAUCAAACAAUGUCAGACACCACAUUCAAGGCCUUGCGCCGGCAGCUCCCAGUUACACGCACCAAAAUCGACUGGAACAAGAUACUCAGCUACAAGAUUGGCAAAGAAAUGCAGAAUGCUUAAAGGCUGCCUGUAGGAUUCUUCAGUAUGUGGAAAGAAAAUGAUUCAGCACGUGGUCAUAUGAUAAAUAAGUGAUUUAUAAACAAAAGUGAUAUUUUGCUAGGGCUUUCAAACUUAACAGAUUUUCUAGCCUACUGUUCAACCUAUAGCAUUGUCUUGACUUUACAUUCUCUGCCUUGUAAUUUUCUGUUAUCACUGUAUCUACUUGUAGAUCUUUUUUUUCCUGCUGUUUUAUGUUGGAGAGAGAGAGACAGAGAGACAGAGAGAGAGAGAGAGAGAGAGAAAUCUAUCUUGAUGUGAUUUUACUAUUUAGAAAAUAUUCCUAGCCAUGAAGUCCUGUUACUGUUUAGGUAAUAUGUUCAGUACUUUGUUACCCCUAUUCUGGUACUUCAGUGGUUUUUCCUGAUCCAACAGGUAAAGAGACUGCUACAAACUGUAGCUAAAUGGAAGAUACAUUCAUUCUUCUCCCCCUGACUGCUCUAAUCAUCAUUUACAGCAUCUCAUAACUGUUAUUUUUCAAAACUUUGUAUUAGGGCCUUUCAGAUUCAUUUGGUGGGGGGGUGAAAGACAUAUUCUGGAAAUUCCAUGAUAGCCAGCUUUUCUGAGAGGAACUUGUUUUUAAAUCCAAAGACUUGAACCAUUUCUGCACAUGAACAUGUUUGCUUUUUUGGGGGAGGGGGGUUCUCUCAUUGUCUCCUCCUCUGUUGUAGGUAUUAACACCUGCAUUUUAGAAGAAUUUUACCCAUUUACAUUUUUGUUUUUGUGUGUAUGUGCUUUUAAGAACUGCUGACAUACUGUGGAUGUAGUAAAACUUGAAAAAUGCAGGGUUGAAGGAAUCAUGGGUAUCCUGUCCUUUAAUACUUUGUGGCAGGAUUGUACUUUAAGCAAGUGAAUCAAACAGCUCUAUAAAUCACAAAAACUAAACCAAAGCGAAAGAGUAACUUCCAGGCAGUAUCUCUUUUGUAACCUGUUAUUUAAGGGAAUACUAGUGCUUUUUAAAUAGGAUAUAAAACUUGUUCCAAAUUUCUCUUCCAUAGUCCUGCCUGCCAAGAACUCAAAAGUAACUGUGACAUAGCAACCCUUCCCAGGUAUACUGGCAGGUAAACAUGUGAUCUCAGAAUAUACAGGUGACAGAGAUACGACAGGACAACUGAUAAUGGUGGAUUCAUUUACAUUGUUUACACUUCUAUGACCAGGCCUUAAAGGGAGGUCAGUUUUUUUAAAAACCAAGUAGUGUCUUCCUACCUAUCUCCAGAUACAUGUUAAAAAAGAAAGGUGUUUAUGCUUCAGCUUUGUUUUUGCUCAGUAAUACAGUCAUGCCAGAGUCUGUUUCUAAGUGAAAGCUGUGUUAGCAUUUUUUAUUUCAAAUAAAAUAUAUUUGUAUUAUUUGUCAUUCAUACUAUCCAUCCAUCAUACCACAGUAUCUUCUGUACCAGGUAGUCCAAUAGAAAUAUACCUGUUUUGUUCUAAAA